AUGAACCAAGGCAUCGACGCCCGCCGCGCCUUUCUCGAUUCACUCCUCUACUGGUCCACCUUCGUCGCCAGAUGCAUCGCCCAGCGCCUCGACAGCCAGCGCUUCCACGACUUUGUCCCCCUCGUCCACGCCCGCCACCCUCUCCCUGCCGCCGUCGUCGCCCAGCUGUUCCUCCAUCCCCAGCCCGACAACGACGUGAGCCUCGAUCCGCGAAUACCGCCCUACAUCCAGGUCCUCAGCCACCUGGGGUACAUUGACGCCCCGUCAUUGCUGCGAGCCCUCUACAAGUUCUCGUCGCUGCAUGCGCACAUCAAGAAGUCGCCGUCGCCGUCGCCGUCGCCGUCGCAACACGACCCCGGCCGCGAGCCGGGCCAAGACGACGGCCGGGGAAAAGAGCCAAGGCGCUGGAGGGGCUCGUCCUGGGCCGAGGAGGUCAUGUUCUACCACGUCAUCAAGACCAUGGUGGAGGGGACCGCCUUGAGAGACUCCAGGUCCGCGCUGGAGCUGUGCCAGGCCAUAGCCAAGUGGAUGGAGCUCUUCACCCUCGCGUCCAACGCUCUUGCGGCCGACGCUCUGCACAACUCGCAGGCCUUUCAUGACAUGGACGUUGCGCGAGCUGCUUUUAUUCCCCUGUUGCUGCGCUUGGUCGAGACGCCCGUGUUUGUGCAGGCCAUUAGCAGGCCCUUUGCCAGAGGCUUCAGGAAGCAUCUGUCGAAUAGCUUGUCCGGGUUUAUGCAGACCUUGCAGCAUGCGCCGUUUGUGGAUCGGUUGGAAAUCUUUCGCAGCGAUACGCUGGCAAAGCUUGAUCCUGUGGAUAAGAAGAAGCAGGCUGCUGCUAAUGCGGCCAUGGACGAGCUGCUGGAAACAACCAUGGGGGUGGAUAACUUUGUCAUUCCAGACUUGCCCAUAUCCAACACGAGAGCGGCCUUGUACGUGUUUUUGAAUGCAUCGCUUGCAGGACGUCCCUUGAUUGACGAUCACGUUUUACUGUCAUAUAUACACAACCGAUACCAGGGUCAGACGCAGUCUGGCUUCAUUGACCUAAUACUGGCCUCGUUUGACGUUCUUGCCAACGCCGUGUUUCGCAACGAAGCCUCCAAAGAUGCCCACGUGUUGAAGUCGUUCCUUAUCAACAAAGUGCCGUUGCUGCUGUGCCAGCUUGCUGCUGCCCACUUCGACACCAACUCGUCCGAGUUUUGCAUCACGGAAGCUCUGAACCAAGUAGACACCAGCAUUUUCCCCACCGCGUCUCUCAUGUUUGACGAGACGAGAAACAACAAUCCCUACACAGAAAGUGUACGCGAGGAGUUUUGCACCUCUUGCGCCCUUCACGGAUUGGUGCAGCGCGAGCACGUCGAGAGGAUCCUAGGCGAGACGUCCAUGUCUUAUGAGCCCUCUCUGGAAAAAUAUGCCAAGGACAAGCUUGUCCAAGAUUGCCUGGCAGAUGCCGACAAGAUCCAAGGCUUGAUAAGAGACGUCGAGAAGACGGAUGGCAAUGCCGGCGCCGUGGCUCAAGCGCUCGUUGACGUGAUGCGUCAGCUUUGCCAAAACAAGGAGACCAUGUCCUUGAAAAUGCUCUGCAGCCAGCUGGCGCAAAAGCCGCAGACCCUGGAUAUCCUGCUUCUUUUCGAAAGGCUCCCAACUAUUUUGGAACCUGUGUGUCAGCUGCUGGAUAACUGGCAAUACGAAGAGGAUCAAGGAGAAUAUCAGCCCAUCUACGAAGAGUUUGGCUCGAUUCUGCUGCUGGUGCUGGCGUUUGCCUACCGAUAUAACCUCACUGCGGCGGACAUUGGCAUUUCCUCACCGGACUCGACCGUUGCCAGAAUUUUGACGAGAGCCCACGUCAGCCGCGAGCGGGACGAGCUGACGGACCAGGAAAAGGGCCACGUCAGCGGUUGGAUCCACGGCCUCUUUGAUAGCGACUCUGGCGGUCUUGGCGACGACUUGAUGUCUUCGUGCCCGCCGCAGGACUUUUACUUGCUGGUUGCCUCCAUCUUUCAAAACAUUGUCGUGGCUUACACAUAUGGAUAUCUGAGCGACGACGCCCUCAAGGGGGGUGUAGAGUACCUCGUCGACACGUUUCUGUUACCCUCGCUGGUGCCUGCGCUACGAUUUCUCACCGACUACUUGUGGGUGGAGCAAAGGGAGCAAACGGCCGUCAUCAAGAUUCUGCAGCUGAUCCUUCUCCCCAGCUCGAUUUCAGGAGAGGCAAGCACCAUGCUGUUCUCGGUGCGGAGCCUGGUUGCGAAGCCCCUGGAGCACUCGCUGCGCACCUACCAGCGGCAGGAUCCCAAGAACCAGGACAUUGAACCGUUGCUGAGGGCGCUCAAAGACAGCCUCCCCCAAUCACGGCGGACCGGGGGCGCAGACCACCACGAGCUCGAGUCGUGGGCCAGCAGCUCGAGCUCGGGCCUGUCGGGCGCUUUGCGACACACGAUCCAGGGUCUGGUGCAGUGGGCCAUGCACCCGACGGCGAACAGCAUGCCCACGUCGUACACGCACAGGCAGCUGAUGGCGGCGGUGCGCAUCAUGGGAGCCAAGCGGACGCUCGGCGUGCUGCUCGAGGAGACGCGCAUCCAGUCGGAAGCCGGCAGCGCGAGCGUCGUCUUUGACGUGGUCGGGGCCAUGGUGUGCUCCCCCAACGUAACCAACGAGGGUGGUGGCCCGCCCACCACGAGCCAGAUGCUGGACUCGUCGGGCAGCGUGACGUGGUCGGCGCAGCGGGCGCUGACGCUCCGGCAGGUGCUCAGGUCGUGCGCGCAACGAGCCGGCAAGCUGCAAGAGGACGACGCGGUGCUGGCGGAGAUUGUGAUACGCCUUCACCGGCGCGUCGAGGGGCACAUGACGGUGGCUCUGCCGCAGCCGCAGGCGAUUCUGGAAGCACCAGGCAUGCAGCUGGACCUCACGGGCGGGGGCGACCCGGGGCUUAACCCGGGGCUUGGCGACGUGGAUGCCAUGGCGGCGGCAGGGGGUGUCGGGGGCGACGGCUUGGCGGUGGACGCGGUCGGGCUGGACGCGACAAGCGAGAGGGACUUGUUUGGAGGGCUGGACACGAGCAUGGACAUGUUUGGGUGGGAUGGGAUGGAUUUGACGGGGAGUUGA